CUCGCGGCGGGGGCGGGUGGCUCUCUGGCUUUCCGGGCAGCCCAGGCGGACGGCGGCCGAGGAGUGUCGGGAUCGGGAUCAGGAUCAGGACCGGGCGCAGCCCGGGAGGGCGGCGUGUGAGAGGCGGCACCGGAGAAGGCGGGAGAGCGCCCCGGGUGCGAGGGACGAUGGCCGCCUGGAUCGGCGGCAUGAGUCAGCAGCGGCCAGCGAGGAAACUGCCCAGCCUCCUCGUGGACCCGGCCGAGGAGACCAUCCGCCGCCGUUGCCGAGACCCCAUCAACGUGGAGGGCCUGCUGCCAACAAAAUUAAGGAUUAAUCUAGAAGAUAGCGUGCAAUAUGUGUCGAUGAGAAAAGCUCUGAAAGCGAAGCGGCCUCGCUUUGAUGUGUCCCUGGUUUACUUAACUCGAAAGUUCAUGGACCUUGUCCGGUCUGCUCCCGGGGGGAUCCUUGACUUAAACAAAGUGGCGGCAAAACUGGGAGUACGGAAACGGAGAGUGUACGACAUCACCAACGUCUUGGAUGGGAUCGAGUUGGUUGAAAAAAAAUCCAAGAACCAUAUUCGGUGGAUAGGAUCUGAUCUGAGUAAUUUUGGAGCAGUCCCCCAGCAAAAGAAGCUCCAGGAGGAGCUGUCUGACUUAUCAGCAAUGGAAGAUGCUCUGGAUGAAUUAAUUAAGGAUUGCGCUCAGCAGCUGUUUGAAUUAACAGAUGACAAAGAAAAUGAAAAACUCGCGUAUGUGACCUACCGAGACAUCCACAGCAUCCGAGCUUUCCACGAGCAGAUCGUCAUUGCGGUUAGAGCGCCAGCAGAAACCAGGCUGGAUGUCCCCGCUCCCAGAGAAGACUCUGUCACGGUGCAUAUCAGGAGCACCAACGGGCCUAUCGAUGUUUACUUAUGUGAAACAGAGCAGGAAGACCGAAAUCGCAGAGCGCCCGCACCUGAAAGCAAGCCCGCAGAGAGCCAGGCGGAAGAAGAGAACCGCCCUCAGCAAAGUCGAGAAUUGCUGGCAGUGAGCAACUGAGGACGGACGGACCGACGGACGAGGUCCGUUUGCAGCCUCCAGCGUGGACGAAUGGGGCGGCGGAGUCGGCUCUCCGCAGGGCGACAUCCCGGAGUUCCCCAUGGCGGGACCAGCAGUCCCUUCCUCAUCCGUAGCAUGUAGGCCAGGAGCAGUUCUCUGGACAUUUGGGAAGGACUCGUUGGACCACGUGUGCUGCCUGUUUGUCAGGGAGGCGGACAUCCGGCCUGCGGAAGUGACUUCACCAAGCGCAUCCCGCACUCGGGUGGUCCAGCCUGCAAGGGGGGCGCUUCGGGGGUGGGUCCCUGCCCCUCAGUGACUGCGUGUGGGGAUCCACAGAGGAAAUUGCCUUACACUGGUUCAUGUUUGCAUUCAAGUGUGGUAAAUUGGACGGCUGUGCACAGAUGAAUCUGAAUGUGAUGUGUAUACAUAUGUGUAUCAUGAAAAUGUCUAAGGGAAACCACCACUGUACAGCUAAAGCACUGUAUAGAUGGAAAGUAAUUGACAGAUUCUCUAAUUUCUGUGGUGUUUAUAACUUAUUAGAAUCCUCUUACUGAGGGUUAGAAGAGAGUUUUUUUCUUCUUUUUCAAACUUCUACAUGUAGAAGGAUCGAACUGUGCUAUACAUUUAAAAUUCAUGAAUUCAAAUAUUGUAAUACAAUUUCUAAUGCCUACAUUAGCGUGCAACAUGUCUUGCUAUCAAGCUACUAGUAGGGUCACUGCGUCCCGCUAGGCUGAUGGUGUGCUCUAAGGCUUUAGGGCCCAUUACAGGAAAGCUAUUAUAAUGAUGGUUUAAUUCAUCAUGAGACGUGUUCAAUGAUGGUGAAAAUUGGUAACUACUUUAAAGCUCCUGGCAAGCAGAUGUUGUAGUGUGUCUCUGUAAGCCAACAGCCUUGUUUCCAAUCAGUGGCUUUCCUUAGAAUGAGUUGGACCCUGGCCCGCCUCCAGCCCAGUCCCACAUUCCAAGCCCUAGCCAUGUCUACCUCACUGGACAAGUCAUUGGCCACUCUGUGCCUCAGUCAGCUUAGUCGCUUGCCAUUCGACUGUGAGUCCCUGGAUGGGCUUUGUCUUACUCUUUGUUGUGCUUCAACGUCUUGCACCAAGCCUGGCACAUGGAAGGUGCCAGAUGUGUGCUCGAACAACUCAGCGAGUGAGUACGUGUGUGCGUUCCACAUUGAGCUUCACAAAUCAUGACGUGUCUGUCGUAGGAGAGUCUCACCAGCAUCACUCAAAUUCUCACUGUAAACCCCUCUGGCUUUCUAAGAAUGAUCUGAUGCAACUGGAAAUCAAGAGUGUAUCAUAAGAUUUAAAAUAAAAAUCAAACUUUUUAAAUAUUGAAAA